CAGUCUAGAAUUUCUAGAUCCAUCCAUCCUGUUAUAAAUAAAAGGAACUGGUUUGCCGCAAAAUCCACACUAGCCCAAACCAAACUCAAUCAAUUUCUAUAGAUUCCCCUUCUCUCCAUUGAUCUACUGCAAAUUUCUCUCACAACCCUCCCUCAGCUAGGAGAUCGAACUGAUUAGUUGGGGAUUGAUCAUAUAUAGCACUCAUGUCCGCAAAUCAUAGAAGUGGUAGAGAUCAUACAGUUAUCGAUAUUCUCGAUGGCAGCGAGAAAAGCACGAAUUGCAUCUUCAGAGUUCCUAACGUGCUCUGGAGACAAAAUCCAAAAGCAUAUACACCUGAUGUUGUUUCAAUCGGACCUUUUCAUCAUCAUCUAGAAAAGCGAGGGAAGAAGGAAGGUCAAGGAGGCAAGAAAGGCAAUGGCGAAAAAUAUUUCCAACUCAUGGAACGAGUGAAAACUCGCUAUUUGAAUGAAAUUCUCGCAGGUAUGCAGAAUAUGACUAUGGAAGAGUUGACCGCAAAAGUUAUUGAGCUCUCAGAUCAAAAGAAUGAAGGCGGUUUUGAGCAACGCGCGCGCAAUUUUUAUGCAGAACCACUUCAUUUUUCCUCUGAAGAGUUCAUCAAGAUGAUGAUAGUUGACGGUUGCUUCCUAAUUCAACUGUUUCGGAAGUGUGACGAUCCGAAACUCAGGGCCUUAUAUGACCCGGUGUUCAACAUGGACUGUAUGUUUCAUUUCCUAUGCCAUGACAUUUUGCUCCUAGAAAAUCAACUACCUUGGUUUGUUAUCCACAUUUUGUAUGACCUUACCCAUGAUAUAUACCCUAAUCAACCCUCCCUCUCUUUUCGCGUCCUUAAAGCCUUCAGCAUGCUACCAUCACUAAGGCAAGGUUGCUCAUCUUAUAGUAAGCAUCUCCGCCAAAACAAUUGUCAUCUGCACAUACUUGAUCUGAUAAGAAGUUCCAUAGUAGUUCCAUUAAGGACGUCCAACCCUGAAGAACAUGAAGUUGACUCUGGGAACAAACACAAGGGAAACAAUGAAGUCGUUCAUGAAGCUAUCAUUGACCCAGAUCUACAUCAAAUUCGUACCGCAACCGAACUCUCAAAGUCAGACAUUAAAUUCAAAAUGGCCAAAAAGGAGAGCAUAAUGGACAUCCGAUUUAAAAAGGGUACGUGGUUCAGGAAUGGGAUUCUUGAGAUUCCACAGCUAAACGUUGGAAUGUCAUCGGAAACAUUAUUCAGGAACCUCAUUGCAAUUGAGCAAUGCUACCACGGUUAUUCAAACGAGAUAACAUCUUAUGCUAUCUUUAUGGAUAACCUCAUCUCUUCAAAGGAAGAUAUGGAAUUACUUUGCAAGAAAAAAGUAAUAGGUAACUUGAUGAGUGAUGAGGAUGGCUGUAAGUUUUUCAGCAACCUUUACAAGGACAUCCCGCACAACAAGUUCUACUAUGUAGAGCUGUGCAAAGAAGUGAAUGAUCGUUACAAUAUGAGAUGGUAUACAUGGUUGGCUUUACUCAAGUUUGAAAAGUUUUCUAACCCCUGGAAGGUUUUGGCUUUCGUGGUAGCUAUUAUCGCUUUGACUCUCACCGCGUGGAGUCAGACAAACCUCAUUCGGAUUAACUGGCAUAAGUGAAGUUUACUAGCUAGCAAGUUAUUCACAAUUGCUUGCGUUUCUCACCUUCUCUAUGUGUGGCUGUUUUUGUUUUUGAGAUAUUUGAGUGUACCCCUUAUAUAUGUCAUUUUAAUUACGGUUGACGGUAAUGUUUCGAUGUAUAUAUAUGUCAUUGUACCUGUACUUGCAUCUUAAUAAGAAUUAUAACUUUCUCUUGUUUGCUUA